UCUCUUUCACUCUCUUAUUCUCUCUAUCUGAUAAAGUCUGGUUCAGUGCCACUCUUGCUUACAUAUCCCUAUAAUUCAACAAGUAUUCAAUUAGUUGGAAAAGUUCGUCCCUCAUUGUAGGUAGGUGGUGGGAGGGGGAGGUGAAGGAAACUAUAAUCUACAAAUGGGAAGGCACUCUUGUUGUUACAAGCAGAAGCUUAGGAAGGGUCUUUGGUCACCUGAAGAGGAUGAAAAACUUUUGAGGCAUAUAACGAAGUAUGGUCAUGGAUGUUGGAGCUCAGUUCCUAAGCAAGCUGGUUUGCAGAGGUGUGGUAAGAGCUGCAGGCUUAGGUGGAUCAACUACUUGAGGCCUGAUUUAAAGAGAGGUACAUUUUCACAAGAAGAGGAAAAUCUUAUCAUUCAACUUCAUGCAGUAUUAGGGAAUAGAUGGUCUCAAAUUGCAGCACAAUUGCCAGGGAGGACUGACAAUGAAAUUAAGAAUAUGUGGAAUUCUUGCUUAAAGAAGAAACUCAGGCAAAGAGGUAUAGAUCCUGUCACCCAUAAACCACUGUCUGAGGUUGAGACUGGAGAGGAGGACAAAAACAGGAGCCAAGAGAAAGUACCCAAUGAAUUGAACCUCCUGAAAUCAGAGAGCUCCAAGUCAGAUACAGUUUCCUAUGAGAAGUUACCAUCUUCAAUUUCCCCAAAAGCCUAUGCAACCGAGAUGGAAGGUUCUUCCAGCUCCAAGAUUAACAGCAAAAAUGACAGCAACUUGAGAACCACUUUUUCCAGUAAAGACUUGUUCCUUGACAGGUUUAUGACUUCUCACCAAGAGAGCUACACCACUAAUUGCCAACCCUCUAAUUUGAUGAUGGGAAAUUACCCCCUUCAGAUGAGUUAUGCAUCCUCUGACACUCUCCCAAACAAUUCAAACUCUAGUCUUUGGUUCAACCAAACUGGAAGGCCAUUUGAUAUGAACUCUGAAUUUAAUUCCAACGUUAUGUCCAUUCUUCCAACUACAACUAGCUCAUUUCUCCCUAGUUCCUUUUGCUACAAGCCAUCCCUUGCUGUCCCCCCAGAAGAUGUUUCUACAUCCUCUUUUAUGGUGAAUGGAUCACAUUACUGGGAAGCCAGUGCCUCCAACAAUAGCAAUAGCAGCAAUACUAGUAAUGAGGCUCAAAUUCAUCUGAUGGAAGGGCAGACAGAAGAAGCUAAGUGGUGUGAGUACCUUCACAACCCAAUGUUAAUGCUGGCAGCUGCACAAAAUCAAGGUCAUGAAUCUUUAUGCAACGAGAUAAAGCCUGCCACGCAUUUGGUACCUGAUACUUUAGGGGCCAUAUAUCCUCAUUCCAAGCAGCAAGAACCGUCACAAAUGGUCAUUCAGAAGCUAACAGCAGCAUUUGGACAUAUAUAGCAGGCUUUGACAUAAAGAAAGAUUUUAGAGGUGCUCCAAGGGAUUUAUGUUCUUAGUACAGGUGUGUGCAACCACAGUUUUUGGUCUUGUAUAUAGGUCUUUCACUAAACAUUCCUUUCACCUUCUUCUCCAUUUUGGUAAUAUUGUGAGCCAAACCAUUUGUCGUUACC